CGGUGCUUUCUCGGAGGUGGUGCUCGCGCAAAGUCGGACCACGGGAAAGGAGCCGCAGCACGUCGCAAUAAAAUGCAUCAACAAAAAGGCACUGAAGGGCAAAGAGGACUCCCUGGAGAACGAGAUAGCCAUACUGCGGAGGGUAAAAGUUGUGCUGAAGGGCAAAGAAGACUCUAGAGAACGAGAUAGCCAUACUGCUGAGGUGAGUUCAGAGGUCGGAUGUUCAAAGGUCAGGUCAAAGGUCAAUGGAAAGAUACGCCUCUGGUGUCAUCAGACGCGGAGAUCGACGGCGACCCACUCGCGGCGACCCCACGCAGCGUCCCGUCGUCCGUCUGCCCGUCAGGCACCCGACGACCGAGACGACGCAGAUACGCGGGAGUCCGCCGGAGAAACGGCGGGAAAGAGAACGUCGAGUCGGAGCAAAGGGAAAGUCGGGCAGGGAGUAUCGGAUCAAGUAACGCCCCUUCAUCGGACGGAGGCACCACCACUGCCUCUCGGAAGGCAGGAGAAGUUCGAUGGGAAUGGCCGGCAGUUUUACGUCGACAACAUAAACAGGAGAACGCAGUGGGAGCGGCCGACAUUAGUACCGUCACAUGCGCCUGCCUCGGCACAGCGAGAAGAGCAGACAGCUGCUAUGCUGUUUCAGCAGCAACGGCACAUCAGUCAGGAUGACUCGAUGGAGCAUGCUGAGCUUAACAUCACACCACGUGCAGGCGAUGCACAGUGUGAGAAUUUCCCUGGUAGAGGAAUGCCGCAGAAGAGGAGAGGCAGAAGCGGAGGAGGCAGAGGGAGCAUGAUGCACACCGAUUCGCGUCGGGGGACUUCUGAGACGAACCAUCGUAACUUAGUGUUUGAUACUGAUAUUCCACGUGUUUUUAGAAAAAUUUGUUGUAUUUUAUACUAAUCGUUUAUUGUAAGUUCAAUCCCAUACAUGUAUGAGAAUGUGGUCUCGCGUUUUAUGUGUACGACUGCGGCCCGUUGUCAGAAAUUCUCAUUUCAUGCUCAUUCAACUAGAACAACUAGCACUAGAACUAGAACACCUAGC